AUGGUUAACAUACCGAAGACCAUGAAGGCAUGGAUCGUCACCCGGACCGGGAAACUUCCAGGUAUCCUUGAGUUAAAGACUAACUGGCCGACUCCGACGCCACCCAAAACUGGAGAAAUCAUGAUCAGAGUCUCGUACGCAGCACUCAAUCCCGGCGAGAUCAAAGUAAUGGCCAUGGCAGCUCCGUGUAGGGUGAAUACCAUCGCCGGUAUGGACUUCGUCGGGGAAGUCAUUCAAAUUGGACCGACGACCCCUAAAUCGCACUCGGAUGUGCGCGUCGGCAUGAUUGUUGGUGGCACAGUGCCACUGAUGAAUAUGUGGCGUGGUGCUGGUGCAUUAUCUGAGUAUCUAGUACUUCCUGCGCAUACAGUCGUUGAGAAGCCCAAGGGUCUCGACGAAUCCGUCGCGGCUGGGCUCUUGGGAAUUGCUGGACAAACGAACGCUGUGAUAAUGCGAGCCGCCAAUUUGCACCAAGGCGACAAGGUUUUAAUAAAUGGCGCCAGUGGUGGUGUGGGUUGUAUUUCAAUCCAAGUACUCCGUGGAAUGGGUGUACAUGUCACAGCUAUCUGCUCGGCGAAGAAUGAGGCGUUCGUUCGAAGGCUGGGUGCUGAAGAGGUUAUAGACUAUAACGCUCACAAGUCCCUCCCCGACUACCUUACCUCCGUAUGUGCGGAACCAGGAAACAGGCCUUUCGACGCUAUCUUCAACAAUAUAAAAAAUGAACCGCUAUAUACCCGUUCUCCUAAAUAUCUGAAACCUAAUGGGAAAUAUCUGGACAUCGAAGCAGGCCCUUUUGGAUAUUUCAAGCUCAGCAAGUGGUGGCCGGUCAUACUCGGAGGAACGCCACGUACACACAUAAAUAUUCUGAGCCGUCCAAGCAGCGAUUCAGCUAAGGAUGCUGCGGCAUGGAUUGAAAAGGGAUGGAUUAAAGAGAUUCCUGUUGACUCCACCUUCGAAAUGGACAACGCUCUGCAGGCUUACGAAAGGAUGGUAUCAAAUAGGGCUACUGGGAAGAUAUUUGUGAAGGUAAAGUAG